AUGGGGUCGAGCAGUUCUGCUCCAAGACAGGAAGCGAGGGCACCGCAGCCGGCGCCUGCCCAGCUGUCGCUACCCAUUCAGAACCGACGGACCCGCGCUGUCACGCUGAGCGUAGAGCCUCGAGAAGGUGCAGCUGAGGUGGCUGAGGUGGGCCGUGGCAGCGGUGUGUGCCUGCCGAUCAAGAACCGCCGCACUCGCGGUGUCAUCUUGGAGGCAGCUGAGUUCAAUCCGGACAGAUUGGCUCCGCCUGGUUUAAAUAUUGGCAGGAGCCAAGAUUCUGGGACCGGCGACAUGACACGACGAGCAGUUCACAACCCUGUUGGAUAUGCUUUCGCUCCUGACUCCCCCUCUGCAUUGGUACCUAGACUACCAAGUUCUCCAGCAGACACUUCAUCUGCGAGAACGUCUUCUGUUCCAAUUUCGCCAUCGGUAAUGUCGCGCAACUCGAGGGUGCACUUUGCUGCGUCUCCUGCUUCGGUGGUAGAGAUCACUCCGUACAGUUGGACGUCACGCUCCUCAGCGUUUUCUCCGACGUCGCCAACGUUCGCUGCAGACUCUUCACCGACAUCACUCAAUGCCCCGCAGACCAGCCAAGGCGUCUACGGCGGAACCUUGCAGCAUGCGCAGCAAGCGCAGCAUGUGCAGCAUGCGCAGCUUGCGCAGCAUGCGCCUCAUGCGCAGCAUGCUGUGGUUAUUCCUGCAGUGCAGUAUGUGCAGCACUAUGCCUGGACAGCGCCGUCAGUGGCGCCCUCGGUGGCGGCUUCGGCGCCGGUUCCAGCGCUGCCAGUCGUGUCUGCACCACCUUUGCCUCUGGCAAGCGCGGUGCCCGCAAACAUUGCCGUGUCUUUGCCCAUAUCUUUGCCAAAGCCAGUUGCACCACCUGCUGCAGCUGCGUGGCGUCAUGGAUAG